AUGUGGUUUCUGACCUCGCUCAUCUGCGUAGCAAGUCUAUCCUUUGGGGCUGGGUAUGCCGAGGUGCGCACCUUUGCAGUGACGCUGCUGCUGGAAGACGAGGACGUGCGCACGGCGGUGCUGCCCUAUGCGCACCAGGACCACUGCUCCUGCGGGGCCAAGGAGCCGCCCUGCCGCUGGAGCCCAGAGCACCAGGAAUACCAAUGCCCUGGCACGCCGCGCUUGCCGGCAGAAGCCGGCGCCGAGCGCGCGACGCGCGUGGCCUUGGAGGAGCUCUCGGAGGGGCUCUUGGACCUACAGCCCUGGCGAGCCUCCCCCCGGCAGCUGAGCCGCCAAUCGGAGCUGGACCUCUACAACUUUGCCGCCUGA